CCGCAUUUCGACCGCUAAGUUAUCGGUGCGGUCAAAUCAAACCGCAUAAAUUAACGGUUUGAUACGGUUUAAACCGCACCGCAUCUAGACCGCAAUUCAUUACGGUUUGUACAUAAUUAAAUAAAACUCAAACCCACCCAACUGAAAUUAAGUUCCAGAGAGUAGCUCUCCAUUAACAUCUCAUUACGAAAGAGAAAGACUGUUAAUGUGGGUAACAUAGCAUAAGCAAAAGUUAAGUAUAGACUGAUGACUCACCAUUUCUAGAGUAAUCUAAAGAGCUGAUGUAGUGGUAAUUGCCUCUAAAUUUUGUGAAACCAGUACACUAAAACCUAUUUGGUGCACUUCACUCACAAUUACACAGAAACCAACUAAGUCAAGAAAGCAUGAAUUGCAACUCUAGAGAAGAAAGACCUGGAAACCGCAGCAUAAAAAUGGUGAUGGAGAAGAAAGAGCUUUACCAAUUUCAAUUAGGCUUACUGGUUUCUAUCCUGUCUCUUCCAGUACUCUUUUGUAGUGCCUACAGUUCCAAACGUUCUUGAUAAGCAAAGAGACAAUGCAGCAUAAAAAUGGCGAUGGAGAAGAAAGAGCUUGACCAAUUUCAAUUGAGUGCGACCCUGGAUUUGAAGAGGGCAAAGAGCUUGACGGACGACGAUCUCGAUGAGCUGAAAGGGUGUUUGGAUCUUGGAUUCGGUGGGUUUAGCUACGACGAGAUCCCCGAGCUUUGCAAUUCGUUGCCGGCUCUCGAGCUUUGUUACUCCAUGAGCCAGAAGUUUCUUGAUGAUACUGCGCAGAAAUCUUCUUCUGCUGCCGAGGGAAUGGAUUCUUCUUCUGACGGAGUUGCUGCUUCGGAUCAGGCUGCGAGCAGAGACGGCCGAUUGCUGUUGUUGCUGAGGCUGUGGAAUCGGCGUCGACUGGGCGGCCGACGGGAACGGAGACUGGAUCGGCGGAAACGGCUGGAACAGAGUGUUCGCAGACGAGGCCGCUGCUGCGGUAGCGGAAACCGACGGGGAGAUCGCCGACUGGUCGAAGCCGACGGCGGAAGCAGCUCGCGAGGUGCAGAGGCGUACUAAAUCAGAUUGUGGUUUCAACUUCUCACUUCUGCGUACUCAAUCUUAGCGGAUUGUGGUUUCAAACCGCAACCGCGCGGUUUGGGUCAAUCUGAACCGUAAACCGCCAAGCACUUAACGAUUAGACCGCAAAUGAAACCGUUAGUUUAAUGAUGCGGUUUGGAUUGACCGCAUAAGCGGUUUGGGGCGAUUUGGAGCGGUUUGGUCAAACCAAUACCCACCCCUAAUGUCACAUAUGAAUUAGCGAGGAGCGCAUGAGAGCUUGGCUUAGGUGAGGUUAUUGCUAUCUUAUUUUUUUGCAUUCAAUCAUCAUAACCAUUUUUCUUUUAAAAAAAAAACUAUUUCAUGAACUAUUAUUACAUAAGAUUUGUUGUAAAUAAAUGCAAAUAAAAGUUAUUGUUUCCUAAGAGCUUGGUUUAGAUGAGGUUGUUGCUAUCUUAUUUUUGUGCAUUCAAUCAUGAUAAUAAUAAAAUCCAUCUUGGUUGAAUCCUAAACCAUUUCGGUUUAACGAGGAACCCAAUGAGUUUCAACCAUAAAUUGAAAGGUCGACAGAAAUAGAGAGCAAAAAAGCAGUAGAGAAACAAAUGUCAGAUAAUGUCACUGAAAAGCACAAGGAAACCACUUCGGGUUUGCCUGUGCAUCAGCUUUCAGCUUCUGUAUCUCCAACAACAGAAAAGUUGAAGAACGAGGAACUUAUAAAUUAUAAUAUUCCGAAUUCAGGAAAAGGCGCAAGAUUUAGAGUAGGUUGGAGGGAAGAAAUUAGUUAGAAUAUAAAUAGCGCCUAAUUGGUAUAAUGGGUCCAGUUGGGAGUGGGAAGGUCUAUUGUAAAUUUUCUACGGACCACACGCAUCACCGUCCGCUUCAUCCUGACUCUCCAUCUCGACCGUUAGUUUCCCAUCGACCCCUAGCCCCGUCUUUUCACCGAUCUCCCUACAUCGAUGCGAUGGCGGCUAGGCAAGUCUCUGCGUUGCACCACACGGCCCAACGGCGGGAGAAGCAUCCGUCAAGUGGUGAUUUUUGGCGUCCGCCGAGAUCUACUGUUGCUUACACCGGCUGUCCUCUGAUAGCCAAGAAACACUCUUCCUUUCUCCUUUUUCUUCUUCAUUCAACGCUAACAGUUAAUAUCUUGGGAUUAAAGAAGGAGGGCUUUAAUAGGAACAUGGCCGAACCCGUCGAUUUCAUGGCGGUGGAAUCCUAGCCCUUCAUACCCUCUAGACCGAUCCUCUGGCUAUCCAAGGUAAUCAUCUAAAACCCUUUUGUCUGUCGCUAAAUGAAUUGCUUAUCGGAAAAUAAUCCGCAACAAACAUGAUGAUGACCCAGCUUUAGUUAAUCGUUUGGUCCUCCUGCUAUUUGGAUUUUCAGUUACCAGUAAUGUCUAUACAGAUCACCAUUUUGCAAUUCUUUCUUUCUGGAAUGUGCCAAUUGAAUGGUAGUUAUUUGCUUGCAUUGACCACCGCAGGCAAAAAUUUAGCUGCUGCAACUUUUUACAUACUAAUUCAAGCUAUUGUUGAUAUUUUGUCUGAAUUUAAUUCCAAUGUUAUCCCCUGGAAUCUCUAUCAUAGAUGAUGAGGCUGUCUCCCCUAUUGGUAUUGUUAUGCUCUGUAAGUGAUUAUACUUGAACAUUAGAUAGUUGUUUUCCUCUAUAGCGAUUUGAGUUAUUUUCACCUACCAACGUAUAAAUAUAAUACAGAAAUUGGAAUGUUGAAGAAGUCACAAGGUGAAAGAAGCAACGAAGUUUCUUAUAAUCAGUUGGAUGUUAAACAAAAAUAGCACCGGAAAUUCAACCGAGGGGAAGAAUUUAAGUGGUCAUGGAUAACUUGGUGAAGUUCUCAUGUUGGUAUUAAAACUCUUUGUAUAUUGCGUAGAGUAUGAAGCCAAUAGAUAUGUGUCUGAUUGUUAAAAUGCACUAUGAUAACAUAUGUGACAAGGUAAACGGAAGAAAACUGAGUAUGUUCU